CUACCUUUUUUUUUUCCCUUUCGUCGAUAUUCUACCCUAACAUUUGAAUCAUCGACCUUGUCAUCACCCCCCUUUUUUUACUACCACUCGUCUAUUCAUCUUUGUUCAAACCAUGAGAGAAAUCAUCUCCCUUCACGUUGGUCAAGCCGGUGUGCAAAUUGGUAAUGCCUGCUGGGAACUUUACUGUUUGGAGCACGGCAUCCAACCCGAUGGUCACAUUCCCCAAGACAAUGCGGUUUCCGACAAGUCCUUUGAUACCUUUUUCAGCGAAACCAGCUCUGGAAAACAUGUGCCCCGUACCGUCUUUGUCGAUCUUGAACCGACUGUCGUUGAUGAAGUCCGCAACGGCACUUACCGUGAAUUGUUUCAUCCUGAACAAUUGAUCACUGGCAAGGAAGAUGCCGCCAACAAUUAUGCUCGUGGUCAUUACACAGUUGGAAAAGAAUUGGUGGAUUCCGUGUUGGAUCGUAUUCGUAAAUUGUCCGAUAACUGUAAUGGUCUCCAGGGCUUCCUUGUGUUCCACUCCUUUGGUGGCGGUACCGGUUCUGGCUUUGGUGCUCUGUUGCUGGAACGCUUGUCGGUCGACUAUGGCAAGAAAUCCAAGUUGGAAUUCUCUGUUUACCCUGCUCCUCAGGUCUCGACAUCGGUGGUGGAACCUUACAAUUCCAUCCUGACUACCCACACCACCUUGGAGCAUUCGGAUGUUUCCUUCAUGGUGGACAACGAAGCCAUUUACGAUAUCUGUCGUCGCAAUCUGGACAUUGAGCGUCCUUCAUAUGCCAACCUCAAUCGUUUGAUUGCUCAAGUGGUUUCUUCCAUUACUGCCUCGCUUCGCUUUGAUGGUUCUUUGAACGUGGAUUUGAACGAGUUCCAAACCAACUUGGUUCCUUAUCCCCGUAUCCAUUUCCCCUUGGUCACCUAUGCCCCUAUCAUCUCGUCGGCCAAGGCUUAUCACGAGCAGCUUUCCGUGCAAGAAAUCACCAGUGCCUGUUUUGAACCCAGCAACCAAAUGGUCAAGUGCGAUCCUCGCAACGGAAAGUACAUGUCCUGCUGUUUGUUGUACCGCGGUGAUGUUGUUCCCAAGGAUACCAAUGCGGCCAUUUCCAACAUCAAGAAGAAGAACACCGUCCAGUUCGUCGAUUGGUGCCCUACUGGUUUCAAGGUCGGUAUCAACAACCGUGCCCCUGCUGCGGUUCCCGGCGGCGAUUUGGCUACGGUGCAGCGCGCUCUUUGCAUGUUGAGCAACACCACGGCCAUUUCCGAAGCCUGGGCUCGUCUCGAUCACAAGUUCGAUUUGAUGUAUGCCAAGCGUGCCUUUGUUCACUGGUACGUCGGCGAAGGUAUGGAAGAAGGCGAAUUCUCGGAAGCCAGAGAAGAUUUGGCCGCCCUUGAAAAGGAUUACGAAGAAGUUGGCUCCGAUUCUGUCGAAUACCAAGAAGAGAUGGACGAGGAAUACUAAAUUCUUUGUGAUUUUCUCUUUUAAAAACCCUUAUUAAAACGAAAAGAAAGAACCUUGGCUUUUUUCUAAUUUAACAAUCCUUCACCUCGGUCUAAAAUCCCUCGUUUUCAUUGCGAACGAUAUGCAGCUAGGCAUAUCGCGUCAGCCACUGUGAGCGCUCACAGCACUUCCCUAGCUGUUGACUCCUUUCUUUUGUUUUUGUUUGUUUGUUGAGCAAAUUUGGAGGCUCAAUAGCUCAUACAUCGUAUCACAGUUUUUUAGUCCAUGGAAUGCUUCUGCCAUGC